UGCUAUAAAAGUAAAACCCACUUUUUGGUGCUCUCUCAAUUCCUCAAUUUUCUAUAUAAUCUUCUCCUCUUUCCUUGGCAUGGCUCGCUUUGGGUUUUGUAUCCGCCAUGGCCAACGUUCCUACGUCUCUUAGAUACUGGUCUCUAGCCCUCUUUGAGCAACCUAUAGCUGCAGACCCUUGGGCUUUUCCUCUUGUUUUCUUGUAAAUUUUUUAUUGGCUUUCUUGUUUCUGUUUCUGUUUCUGCAGUAGUUGGUCGUUAUAAUGGGUAGUGGAGAUAAGAGUCUAAAGAAUUUUCACCUGCACUUGCCUCAUCUUUAUCACCAUCAUCACAAUCAUGGAAGUAACAAGAAGCAAGCGAGAGACGUCCCAAAAGGCUGUUUGGCAAUCAAGGUUGGGCAAGGAGAGGAGCAGCAGAGAUUUGUGGUGCCUGUGAUAUACUUUAACCAUCCACUGUUCAUGCAAUUACUUAAAGAAGCUGAAGAAGAAUAUGGAUUUGAUCAGAAGGGUACGAUCACCAUCCCUUGUCAUGUGGAGGAGUUUAGGUACGUUCAGGGCAUGAUUGAUAAGGAAAGAUCCCUUCAUCACCACCAUCAUGUUGGGUGUUUUAGGGUUUGAAUAUGAUUUUGAGACAUCAUGAAAGAUUGUGGGAGUUGUGGUGCCAAAACAGGCCUAACCCCCCUCUGAAACAAACAGGUUUUGAUGGUUCCAAAUCUUUUUUCCCUGAUGGGAUGUGCAAAUCUGUAGUCCUUAUUAGGGUUUGUUUUAGUUAUUUUCUUUCUGUUUCUUGGUGGUGGUUGCCCGAUGAUGUGAAUUGAUGAGAUGAUGAAGACAAAAUGUUGCCUUGCAAUUGUAUUUGAAUUUUGUUAGGAAACGUAAUGAAAAAGAGAAGUAAAUGCUUUUCGUUUC